UCUAUCUAUCCAUCUUAUCUUUGAACCUCUCUCCAAUGGAGUUCAUAGAGCUUGUUAUUCUUUGCUUGGCCGCUCUGUUUCUUCGUUCAUGGUGGAGAUACUGGUGCCGCACCGGCGGCGAAGCCAAGAAUCUGCCGCCGGGGCCGCCGGGCUGGCCCAUAGUGGGCAACUUGAAGCAAGUCUUUCUCCGUCGCAAGGCCUUCAUUUUCAUAUUGCGUGAUUUACGUGAAAAAUAUGGCCCCAUCUUCACCAUGCAAAUGGGCCAACGAACUUUCAUCAUCGUAACAAGCCCCGAUCUCAUCCACGAAGCCCUUGUCCAGAAGGGCCCUCUCUUCGCAAGCCGCCCGCCGGAGUCCCCCAUCCGCCUCCUCUUUAGUCUCGGAAAAUGUUCAGUUAACGCCGCCGAGUACGGCCCUCUCUGGCGAUAUCUGCGCCGGAACUUCGUCGCCCAAUUGGUGAACCCAGCAAAAAUCCGACAAUGCAGUUGGAUCCGAAGCUGGGCGAUCGAAAACCAUCUGAAGAGACUUGUAAACGAGGCUUCGGAGAAGGGAUUUGUUGAAGUGAUGAGCAACUGCAGGCUAACAGUUUUCAGCAUUCUGUUCUGUUUAUGCUUCGGCGCAAGAAUCUCGGACGAUCGGGUCAGGGAAAUCGAAGCCGUCCAAAGAGACGUGAUCAAGAUCGGAACUCCGACGUUGCCAGACUUCUUGCCGUCGCUCAUGCCACUGUUUCGCCGCCAGUUCGAAGAGGCGAAAGAGAUAAGGAGGAAGCAAAUGGAAUGCUUCGUUCCACUGGUGAGGAAGAGGAAGGCGUUCGUGGAGAGAAAUGGAAACCCUAGCUCGGAGAUGGCGAGCCCCAUUGGCGAGGCUUAUGUUGAUUCUCUGUUUCAUCUUGAGCCGCCGGGGCGUGGCCGGUUGGGCGACGGCGAACUCGUGACGCUCUGCUCCGAAGUGAUCAAUGCCGGAACGGAUACCACGGCAGCAACGCUGGAAUGGGCCAUGCUUGAGUUGGUGUUGAACCAAGACAUCCAAGAAAAGCUUUACAAGGAAAUAAUGGAUUUUGCCGGAAAAGAUGGAAUUGUCAAAGAAGAAGAUGUGGAAAGGAUGCCUUAUUUGGGGGCGGUGGUGAAGGAGACAUUCCGGCGGCGCCCUCCGAGCCACUUGCUCUUGUCCCACUCCGCCAUGGAAGAGGCGGAGCUCGGCGGCUACAGGAUUCCGGCGGGGGCGAACGUGGAGUUCUACAUUGCGUGGGCGACCCAGGACCCGGGUUUGUGGGAGGACCCGGAUGAGUUCCGGCCGGAGAGGUUCCUGAGCGGCGACGGGGUGGACGUGGAUUUGACGGGGGCGCGAGGGGUGAGGGUGGUGCCGUUCGGGGCCGGGCGGAGGAUUUGCCCGGCAAUGAGUCUGGGGAUUUUGCAUGUGAGCUUGUUGGUUGCCAGGAUGGUGCAGGCGUUCAAGUGGGUUGCGGUUCCGGGUGCCCCGCCCGACCCGACGGAGGAGUCAACUUUCACUGUUGUGAUGAAAGACCAUCUCAAGGCAAUGAUCCUGCCGAGGUGUAGUAGUACUUGAGGCUUGGGAUGCUAUCAGCUUGGCUAUUGUAGUGGUUGGCUUCAAUCACAUAUAUAUAUAUAU